CAUACAAAUAUCACCCAAUCAGCGGUUACGUUUUGUGUGACGUAUGUCAUAUGUCCCGCCCCCCGGUUUAAAUCUGGCUAACGUAAACUCAUAAGGUAUGAAGAAUGGGUAUUUUUAGGAACUAUAAAAUAGGGUGGUAAAAUAUAAUAUUUAUAUAACAGAAUAUUUAUUGUUUUUUAUGUAGUCGCUAAAUGAACAUCGUUGUAAUCUGUUUUACAUACGUACAUUUAAAGUUACGGUUGCAACCUGUCUUAAAACCAAAAAAGAAGAACGUAAACACAACAACUUGUGUUUCACUGUUUUUUAUGUUGCGAGAAGUUAUUCCCUGAAACCCGUGCAUGACAAAUGAUCGAUAACAGGAAGUGCAAAUACGUCACGUAAAACAUGCCCGGUUUUAUUUUUGAUAGCGUUAGUUGGAGAAAGCGUGUUCCCCCCGGGACUGUUUGUGCGCUUUGACAGUAGUUGGACGCAACUCACAUAGAAAAUGCUCCAGACGCUCGCUGGGCUCCUCCUGCGACAGCCCGCAGCUGCUUCACGGUCUGCGGCCGUGCGGAGCCUCUCCUCGGGCACCGUGAACGUCACUGCACCGCUCAACUUCUGGGGAGGAAAAAGGAGGACGAGCAGAGAAAAGGGCAAUGGGGAAAACGUAUACGAGCCUGCAACAGGGCGCGUCCUGUGCAUGCUGGAGUCUUGUGGGCCCUCAGACGUGGACCGGGCCGUGGAGGCGGCCAAGACGGCCUUUGGCCCCUGGAGUAAGAUGUCUGGGAUGGAGAGGGCAAAGGUCAUGAUAGAGGCGGCACGUAUCAUCGAGAACAGGAGAGAGGAGAUCGCCCGUAUGGAAGUGGUCAACAACGGGAAGUCCAUCACAGAGGCCCGUCUGGACGUGGACUCUGGCAGACUGUGUGUGGAGUACUAUGCUGGACUGGCCUGCGGUCUGGCUGGUCAGCAUGUGCAGUUGCCAGGUGGAUCGUUUGCGUACACGCGCAGGGAACCUCUGGGGGUGUGCGUCGGCAUCGGGGCUUGGAAUUACCCCUUCCAGAUCGCCGCCUGGAAGUCAGCCCCGGCGCUGGCGUGCGGUAACUCGGUGGUCUUCAAGCCCUCCCCGCUGACGCCUGUAACGGCGACCCUGCUAGCGGAGGUCUUUGCAGAGGCCGGGGCUCCGGAGGGGCUCUUCAAUGUGGUGCAGGGCGGGCAGGACACGGGCCGCUUGCUCUGCCACCACCCCGACGUGGCCAAGGUGUCGUUCACCGGGAGUGUGCCGACGGGACAGAAGAUCAUGGAAAUGGCGUCCAAAGGAGUGAAGCCUGUGACAUUGGAGCUGGGGGGGAAAUCUCCCCUGAUCAUCUUUGAGGACAGCGACCUGCAGAACGCCGUGCGGGGAGCUCUCAUGGCCAACUUCCUCUCUCAAGGCCAGGUUUGUAGCAACGCCACAAGAGUUUUUGUCCAGAGUGACAUCCUGCCCGAGUUUGUGGACGAAGUGGUGAAGAGAACCCGGGCUAUUGAGAUCGGAGACCCCUUACUGGAGACCACGCGGAUGGGAGCGCUGGUCAGCAGGUCUCAUCUAGACCAGGUCCUGGGCUUUGUGGAGCAGGCCAAGGAGGAGGGGGCUGUAGUGUUGUGUGGGGGUACACCCUUUGUCCCCUCAGACCCUAAACUGAAAGGUGGAUACUACAUGACACCGUGUGUACUUGCUGAUUGCAAAGAUGACAUGACCUGCGUGAGGGAGGAGAUCUUUGGUCCCGUCAUGUGUGUGCUGCCCUUUGACACAGAAGAGGAGGUGCUGCAGCGCGCCAACGACACCCCCUUGGGACUAGCUGCAGGGGUUUUCACCAGUGACGUGCAGCGUGCCCACCGUGUGGUGCAACACCUCCAGGCUGGCUCCUGUUUCAUCAACAACUACAACAUCACCCCUGUGGAGGUGCCCUUUGGAGGCUUCAAGAUGUCAGGCAUCGGGCGGGAGAACGGGCAGGUGACUAUGGAAUACUACUCGCAGGUGAAGACUGUGUACGUGGAGAUGGGAGACGUCGACAGCCUUUUCUAGACAACACCCGCCAAGACCAAGCGAAACACUCUCAUGGCGUUGUCCAUCCUGACUUUAUGCUUCCAAUCAAGUACUUUCGGACACUUUGGGAGAAGCCAUGUCCUACGCCACUAGUGCCAGGAAGUACACUCUUUUCAACUGUCAUUUGUAGGGCUGUCCAAAUUAACCUCAUGGGAUUCAUCACAAAAAUGAUUAUAUUAAUCGUGUAGACACUUUGAUUAAUCAUGCAAUUAAUUUGGACCUCUUACCUUAGACGCUAUACCACAGGUGUCAACUCAAGGCAUCUGGCCCGCAUACACCUGGAAAAUGAUACGUGUCAAUAAAGUACUUCAUAUUUUCUCACUAAAUGUAAUGGAUUUGUUUUCAUAUUAACAGCUUUAGGAGACCAGCCCUUACAACGCGACACUAGCAUCAGCAAGAAGAGGUCUAAAAGUAAGACAAAAGGAGUUAACUCUUAUAGUGAGAAGGCAGACUUACAGAGAGGGAUGCACCUGCUGAUAAGAAGAGGGACCGUGUCCUUCACGGAAUGGAACUGAAUCCCUUUUGAGGAGUGAUUCAUCAUGUUUGUGCAAGACACUGGACACUCCAGGACCAAAUAAUGGAAAUCAACAACAGAUAAUAAGGCAACAAAAGUAUACCGGCCGCAUGCUACUGGAAAAGUACCAGCAGCAUGAUCACACAAUACAAUGUUAUACUGAAGUUAGGGCUGGGCGAUAUAUUGAUAUACCGGUUACUCGAUAUAUUGCGGGUUUGUCUCUGUGCAAUAUAGAAAAUGACAUCAUGCACAAAAGUGCACUAAUAGCUUGUUUUAAAAUGUCUCUGACAAUCUUGCACUUUCUGUUUGUAAAUGACAUGAAUGUUUGUGCCACUGCUUAAUAACUGUUUCAUAA